CAGGGCAGUGUCCGAGCGUGCAAGUCAUUGCAUAUCGCGAAAGCCGUGGCGGAUUGUCGUUCUAAGCUGUCAGUCGCCAGAAUCGCAACGAAGUCAUGACAGAACAGGAGAGCGGGGAACUGGCACCUUCGGAACUGGGCACUCUCGUCUUCUGGGAGAACGCGUACGCGCAGGAGCUCGACAACUUCCGCGACCACGGCGACGUGGGCGAGAUAUGGUUCGGCGCAGGCAAUUCGCGCAAAGUCGUACGGUGGAUCGCCACGAAGUUAAAUUUAGAUAAGGAGAACGAUAAAAUAAUCGACGUGGGAUGCGGUAACGCGAUGACUUUGGUGGAACUUGCGAACGAAGGGUUUGCAGACUUGACGGGAGUCGAUUAUUCGCAGAAAGCAGUGGAUUUGGCCCGCAUGGUGCUGAACGAUAACAACUUGUCGAAUGUAAAAUUAGAAGUCUGCGAUAUUCUCAACAAUACACUGUCGUGUGACUUCAAAGUCGUUCAUGAUAAAGGAACUUACGAUGCAAUUAGUUUAAGCCCGGACGAUCCAGCAGCGAAGCGACAGACAUACGUAGAAAACAUACAUCGCAUUAUUUCGCCAGGAGGAUAUCUGGUUUUAACUUCUUGUAAUUGGACGAAAGAAGAAUUGUUGAGGCACUUUACGAAUCAUUUCGAAUUGGAAAGUCAACUGCCCACGGAUACAUUUCAGUUUGGUGGGCAGACGGGAAACACGAUAACGCAAUUGGUAUUUAAAAAGAAAUAAUUUGCCGCAAAUGUACCUUUGCGCAAGAAUAAAUUAAAUAUUUG